AUGCUCUCAAGGGUAGCCGAGAGGCUAGGAAUCGGUCAACUAAAUAAUUACAUGCUCUCAUGGGGGGUAGCCGUGAGGCUACGAGGCAAGGGCAUCGUUUCUUCAUUUUUCAAGCUCGUAUAUUCCAAGGCAAUGUGGUUCAUAUCAUUGUCAAUGUCGAUCAUUUCAUUGUUUCUCUACAUUUUGACCAGUGAAUUCAAGGGAAUGUUGCUGUUACCAUUUGGUAUAAAAGGAUAUAGCAGGAGAAGAAGAAUGGAACAUACGAUCCGGAGUUCUUAUUAUGUCAAACAGAAGCACACAUGGGCCGUUCAAAUCAUGAACAUGCUUUUAGAUCGUACAGAAUUGUACCAAGAUUUUGAACCAAGGGCAGACGUAGGCGAACACGGAGAUCGGAUUAAUGAUCAUGAAUCUAAUGAGGGCUCGCGUGCAGAAGGCGUGUCAUUGGCCGAUCAGGACAGGGAGACUCCCAUACUAACUGCUGCUAAAUAUGGUGUCAUUGAAAUGGUAGAGAGAAUCUUAGAACUAUAUCCCAUUGCCAUAUACGACGUGACUUCAGUUACGAACAAGAAUAUAGUGCUUUUGGCUGUGGAGAAGAGGCAAAUACAUGUUUAUCAACUCUUGCUACAAAAAAUUAUCCCUAGAGACAGCGUGUUUGGGCAUGUGGAUGAGGAUGGGAAUAGUGCCUUGCAUCUCGCCGCAGAGUUUGCACCCGAAACGCCUCGGCCUGGUAUGAUUCCUGGUCUGCAAAUGCUCUGGGAGAUCCGGUGGUAUCAGUUCGUAAAGGAAUCCAUGCCACCCUACUUCUUCCCCCUCCACAAUAAGAAGAACGAGACACCAAUAGGAAUAUUCACCAAAAAACACAGCGAACUUGUAACAAGUGGUGGAAAGUGGCUAAGCAGCACCUCCAAAUCCUCGUCCGUUGUCGCUACACUCGUUGCCAGUGUGGCCUUCGCCACCGCUGCCACUAUUCCAGGAGGCUUGAAGCAGGAUGAUGGCACUCCAAUGUACGAAAACCAGCUCGCAUUCUACAUCUUCGUCAUCUCAUCGCUAUUUGCUCUCUUUUUCUCCAUUACUUCAGUGGUCAUGUUUUUCGCCCUCAUGUCAUCACCUUAUGAAGCCAGAGAUUUCAGCAAUGAUUUACCGGAGAAGCUUUUGAUGAGUUUAAUGACGCUUUUUAUGGGCAUAGCUUCGAUGUUGAUAUCCUUUUGCGCUGCACAUUUCUUUCUGCUACGGAAUAAACAGAAAACUGGGGCGUUGGUAUCGUAUGCAGUGGUGGUUGCGUUGGUAACUUCCUUGAGUAUAAAGAAUUCUUCGGUGUUUUUAAAUCUUCUGACGGUUACUUUCAGCGAUGUGCCGCAGCGCCUGUACGAGGAUGAUUUUUAA